AUGCAAAGAAAAUACCUGCAUCUGAAAACAGGCCGCCACGCCGUGCCUCAAAACGAAACAUUGUUAUAUUUUAACGCGUUAACAGGCGUCAGUCAACUUAAGCAUAGAUAUAAAAACAAAGAUUACUUGUUAGCAAUAUAUGUUGCAUCUAGCGGAACGUAUUGGGGGCCUAACGUGUUAAGCGUUGUCCGCCAAAACAUGAACACUUGA